AUGUCAGAUGAGGUAGCACUAGAAUUAGCGUCUCAGCAGGUCAUCAAAUUUUUGCUCGGCAAGCAGAAGUUUCUAGAAAAAUGGCAACAAGAAGUGCGGAGGAAUUUAGAGCAAGAGGAUGAGGGGAUUGACUUAAGAAAGCCCUCCACGUCAUCUUCUGGGUCUGGAAGUCGCCCAAAUUCAGUUAUCAUAUCGAUACAAGCAGCGAUUUUAGAACUAACUAGUACUAUUGAAUAUGUUAUAGAUAUUUUUGAAUCAAAUGUAGAUCCCAGGAAUUGCUUCCUCUCCAACGAGAAAUCCCAUCAAAAUCGAGAAGCCGGUGAACUAUUCGACUCUGGUUUGAGAGUUGAGCUAUUGAAACAUCUAAAAAUGGAGAAUCGAGAAAACCGAAAUUCCAUUGGGAGUCAGAUAGAAGCGGCGUGUAGACGAAUGGGAUUAGUGCUGAAGACGUUCGGGAGGAAAUUUCAAAACCAACCUUCUCUGGAAAUCUCUAGUCUUCUACCAAAUAUGCACAAGUUUUGCCGAUUAUUCUUCACAAUUUCCGCGGAAACUUCUAGAUUCGCUGAAAGUUUUCGGAGUAAAAACGAUCGGAAGUUAUUGAGAAAUAUUGGAAAAUCUGUGGAAAAAUCAGCGAAUGAGUUCAAUUUACGAGUGCUGGCAGAGAUGGAAAGGAUAGAAAAACAUCUGGAGAAAGAAGAGAAACGACGGAAAGUGGGCGGAGCUAAUCAAAAUGGGCGGAGCCAAACUCCCCUCUCUUUGGUUAGGGAUGACUACGGGAUUCAGACUCGGAGGCAACAUCGACUAGCCACAUCGAUUCAACAAGUGGUUAAUAGGCGACAUAUAGAUUCUGAAGACGUUAUGAAUCGAAACGAGAAAUUCAGAAGACCUCAUCCGCCUGGUAGCAUCGCCACGUCGAUUGUAUCGAAAAGAAGAGGAUUUUUGAUAGAUGACAAUUUGAUGAAAGCUAGACAACGGAUCGCUAGAGUGGCUCCGAAGCCACGCCCCGUGGCGAAUCUCAAUAUCGACAAAAUGUUGCCAACAGAGGAGGAUUCUGAUAGAGUCAUCAUGAAUUCGGCAAGGAAAAUGGCAGAUAUGGUGCUGGAGGAUAUGAAAAAGUCUAUUAAAUUUUGA